AGAAAGAUGACGUUGGCGGUGUGGUCUAUUUCCAAUCUCAAAGAAAGUUUAGCGUGAGAUUUGACUGUGGAAGUGUGGAUUUGACUGGUAAAUCGUCCAACGCAGGAGGAUGGCUGCGACCUCAGCCCCACCUCCCAAAAAGAGCAGAGGGAAACAGGAAAUGGAGACUCUGCAGACAGCCAAUGAAGAGCUGAAGAGCCGAUUGAGUGACGUGCAGCAUGAAUUGCAGCAGGAGAGAGGCAAGGUGGGUAAAUUGCGAGAACGCUUGCAAGAAUUGCGGGCGCUGCGUGAGACAGAAAACCACAAGCACUCAGUCUCUCUUACUGAACUCCGUGUCAAACUCCAUGAGGAAAAGCAGAGGGAGGUGGCAGCUGUGCGAGAGAGUCUGUCCCGGCAGCACGAGGCCGAGCUGGCCCGGGCGGCACGCCUCAGAGAGACCGAACUGGCUCGGCUGCAGGCGCUGGUAUGCGUGUUACGCGACGGAGCCAGCAGCGAACUACGGAACGCCCUGAAAGAGGAGGCGCGAGAGGAGGCCCGCAGGAGCUAUGAGGCAGAGAAACUCAGGCUCACACAGGAGCUGCAGGAGACGAAGAUGUCACGGCGACAGGCAGAAGAGGCACUGGCCAAUGCCAUGCAGGCAGACAGGGCCAAAGCUGCUGAUCUCAGAGCCGCCCAUCAAUCUCACCAGGAAGAGAUUCAGAGAAUCAAACGAGAGAGUGAGAGAGAAAUCAGGAGACUGAUGGAAGAGUUGAAGGGCAGAGAUCGUAUGGUGCAGUCACUGGAAAAAGAGCUCGGCGUGCAGGCAGGACAGACAAAGCGGCUGUUGCUGCAGAGAGAGGAAUCAGAGCGACAUCAUUGGAGUCCAAAGAGAGAAGUGGCGCCUUCCCUCGGGGAGAACACUGACUCUGUCAUUAACCAGGAAAUGGAUGAGAGGGAUGUGCGCAGGUUUCAGCUGAAGAUCGCUGAGCUGCAGGCAGUCAUCAGAAAACUAGAAGACAGAAAUACAUUACUAUCAGAUGAGAGGAAUGAACUGCUUAAACGUGUGCGAGAGACAGAUGGAGAGAUGAAGCCACUCAUGGAGAAGAAUAAACGGUUGCAUAAAAAGACUGAUGAACUUCAGCAGACUCUACAGCGCAUGGAGGACAAACUGAAGAUGCUCAGCAGAGAGAACGCCGAAAUGAAGGAGAAAUCUCAGCAGAACUGCCAGCAGGAUGUGCUGAAGAGGCACAGCUCUCUAACGGACCUCAGUCACGCCCACGAGCAACAGGAAGUGGAGUAUCUCCGCCUCCAAAUCAGUGAGCAGUGCGCCGUUAUUGAGGAGCUCACGCAGGAGCGAGACAGACUGAUGAUCAACAAAAAGAACAGGCGGAAAAACAUCAAACUGCCCAAGAGGCAUGUUGUGGAGACAUAUUUUGGAUUUGAUGAGGAAUCGGUUGAUUCUGAGACAUCAUCUUUGACAUCAUAUAACACAGACCGCACAGAUCACACCCCUGCCACACCAGAAGAGGAUCUUGAAGAUGGCUUUUCCAGGGAGGAGGCAGAGUUGCGUUUUCGUCAGCUAACGCGAGAGUACCAGGCGCUGCAGCGAGCGUACGCCCUUCUGCAGGAGACCAUGGGGCCCCUGGACCCUGAAAGACACUGCAGGACACGGGAGCAGCUGCAGACGGAGCUGAUUGGCUGUCAGGCACGGAUUGCCGACCUGGAGCGGAGCUUGGCAGAGAAGGGGCAGGACUCAAAAUGGGUGGAGGAAAAGCUAAAUCUCCUGAAGGUGAACCAGGAGCUCAGAGAAAAGAUAGUAUCAUUGGAGCAGUGUGAAAUGCAAUUACACUCGGAGGUUCGUGACACCCUGGAUCAGAAUGAACUACUUGAAUUCCGCAUUCUAGAACUGGAAGAGAGGGAGCGCCGUUCUCCUGCCUUUAACCUGCAAAUCUCUGCCUCUGAAAACAACAGUAGCCUACAGCUACACUGCCAGCAGGAAGGUGUGAAGGAUGUCAUCAUUCCUGACCUCAUGAAAAAGCUUGACAUUCUUGGGGAUAACGGGAACUUGCGGAAUGAGGAACAGGUCACAGUAAUUCAAGCGGGGACUGUGCUGUCUUUGUGUGAAAAGUGGUUGAAGCAGAUAGAUAGCACUGAAGCUGCACUGACCCAGAAGAUGAUCGAUCUGGAGAAUGAGAAGGAGCUGUUCAGUAAACAGAAAGGUUUCCUGGAAGAGGAACUAGAUUACAGGAAGCAAGCUUUUGAUCAUGCCCAACUGAGGGUACAAGAGCUGGAGGCGACAUUGUACACUGCCCUGCAGCAGGAUCCAGACAGUUGUCUGGGGGAGAGUUUGAGUGACAGACAGCGAGCAAAGCUGGCAGAGUCAAUGGACGCGGUGCGCAGACAGAUCCUCCGGCAGAGUCGCCAUGCCGACACGCUAAUCUUACAACAGCGCAUGGAGCUCCUCAAGUCUGCACAGCAGAAAAUCAGAGAGCUUGAAGACAAGAUUGACAUGCAAAGAAGACAAAUCAAAGAGAUCGAAGAGAAGUUUUUGUUCCUUUUCUUAUUUUUCUCCCUAGCUUUUAUUCUUUGGCCUUAAAUACCCCCACACACCAUUUGCUCUCUCUGUCUCUCUCUCGCUCUCUCUCUCACUCUCUCUCUCUCUCUCUCUCUCUCUCUCACUCUCUCUCUCUCUCUCUCACACACACACACACACACACACACACAGGUGCAGUAUCUGAAUGGAAGAUAAAGAAACUGACCUUUGGAAAUAUUUGUUCAGACUGACAUUCCUCAGUUUGUUGGAUCAAAUUUUUUUAUUUUUUAUUAUUUGUAUUAUUUAUUUAUUUAAUCUCUGACAUAUUUCCAAAGAGAAACGUUCAUAUCCCAAAAGGGCCUGUUGAAGCUGCUUGUGGUCUGACUGAAAAAUAGUGUGAAGUACUGUAAAUGAUUUACCCUAAACAUUUGUUAUAAUGUGUAUUUAAACACACCUCAACACUUGUCACCUCAAAACUAAACACAAACUGCUGUUAGU